GCGAUGUUUGAUCGAUUUUCUUUGAAUAUCCCCACUGUUGUUGAUGUUAGAAGGCACCAUAAGAUCUCAACCAUCAUGAUUCCCUCCUUUGCCUCAUCCCACGGCUGCUUUUCCUUUCUCUUACUUACGCCGCAAAAGGCUUACGACCAUCGUAUUAAUCUGAAGCCAGCAUAGCCUAUUGUACCAUUGCACAUAGCUAAAGGCCUUUUACACGUUGAAACGCCUCAGGAGCACUAGCGUACUCUAGCUUCUUCAAGCGCUCUUGAAAUCCUACCUAUAUGAAACAAGACAGCUCUUUGCCUUCGUAAAACGUGCUGUCUGAUCUUUCUCGAAGGUUCAGAAACCCCAGAUCAUUAAGAGUACUUCCCCAUUCAAUAACAUUUCAGGAAUGUACUUUUUCUGAACAUCAGCAGUAUCACCUCCCUGCACAUACAAAUAUAAAUAUAUAUAUAUCCAUGUCUUCUACAACAGCGGGAGCUGGUGAGGGCGGAGCUCCGCAGUUACCAGUUAUAGGAGUUGGUCAGAAUCAUAGCGAAAUCCCGCCGGUCGUCAACGAAGCCGAAAAGAAAGAAGAAGGAAGACCUUUAACUCCAGGUUCAAGUGCGAAUGUUACUCUGAAUGGAGCAGUUGGGGGUGCGGAACACACAAACGAGGCACCUAGUAUCAACGUCAUCGAUCCGCACAAUAAUACUAUUGAAGAAAUACCAGCAUACCUUCCGGCCGAAACCGUAGACAAUGGAAAUGCCAUCUUCAACGCUACACAGGCUCUCGCUUCAGAUUCUGACAACGCAAGCAACGCUCUUGCAGCACCUCCGCCUUAUGAAAAACUGGCACAAAAAAAUCCGAAACCAACAGAUCACCUCUCAAUCACCAUUGGACCGGCCGUUAUCCUCCUAUCCGACAUCGUCUUCCCAUGCAUAAUAUACUACGUCUGGUUCGACAUCCACCGCUCCCGCUGGGCCAAAGCUUGCGAAGCAUAUCCCAAAAACGAAUGUCCGCUCGAAAAACCAGAAUACGACAAAGACAUUCUCGGCUAUGCCAUCAUCUGUUUCGGAUUCGGCGAACUCUACAUCCUGAUCGUGCGCGUCGCACGACUUCUCAAGUAUCGUGAUCUCUGUGCCCCGCUGCUCUCGAGAUCCAAAUGGGAAUUGGAUGCCACGUCUUGGGUAUACGGUGUUUCGAUGCUGAUGGCGCUCAUCCCAUUUGUGGUGGGAAGCGAACUCGAGAUUCCGGAACUGUAUCUCUAUUCUCCGGGCUUCCUGAUGAGUUUCCUCGGUAUCGUCAUGGUGAUCUCACUUAUCCCGUUUAAGAUUCCUAUCGGUAUCAAUUCUCACGCGCGGGGUUCGCCCAUGCGUCCAUUUAUAUACUAUGCGGCGGAAGAUUUCAUCGCGGUGGAUGGAUUGCAGGAUCGAGAGUUUCGAGUGCGAUAUAAUGCACGAUAUGAUUCAUCGCCAGGGUUUCGAAGGAUGUUUUUACAUCUGACGUUGUGGUGGAUUUCGGGCGUCCUCGUCUAUCUGGGCUGUUUGAGCGCGGUGAUUUGGUCGCUAGAAUUUCAUUAUGCGUUUGGAUUGUCGUUGGGGGUGCUGUUUGCUUAUUUGGCUAUUUGGGCGCUGUCGAGUUAUUAUUGGGUCGACAGAGUAAUGAAGAAGGAAAAGCGAGCGUAUGAGGAGAGGGUGGCGAAGUGUUGAUGUAUAUAUAGGAUCAUGGGCUUGAGGUUUAGAUAUUUGGAUAUAGGGAAAUGCGGGUUCCGGCACAUAAAGAACCAUUAGCGAAUGCCUUUAAACUUUCUUGAGAUUUUGGAGAUUCAUACAUAUCGUUAUAAUAGAAGAUACAUUUUUGGAACCUUUUCA